AUAUUUCACAGUUCCCAGGUAACAACAAUAAGCAAAAAAAACAACAAAAUAAGCAACAAACAAACUUGCACGUUAAACAAACUUGCAAAUAAACCAUACAAAAAUGUCGGAUAUUUAGUGAGAGCGGCCACAACCAGCUCAACUUUCCACGGCGUGGGUGCGAGAGGAGAGUGGCGGGGAGCCAGCAGCAUGACGGAGGGCAAGAACAUACCCAACUCCAGCGCGGAUGUGCCGUUCCGCAGCAAGGAGCUGCGCAAGCAGUCGCUGAUCCAACACACGGGCCUGGUGGGCGUCAUCGACGAGGGCACCAAGACCAUCGGCUUCUCCAUUUACACGACGCCCGACUUCAAGGAGAUCGCCGCUCAUCGAGUGGAGCUGAGCGUGAUAACGCCCCAGGAUGGCUGGUACGAGCAGGAUCCGCUGGAGAUCAUGGCAUCGAUCAACAAGUGUGCCGAGGAGGCCAUCAAGCAGCUGCCAGAGCAGGGCUUCAGCGCCAGCGACAUUGCCUCCGUGGGCAUCACUAACCAGCGCGAGACGACUAUCGUCUGGGACGCCGUCACAGGCAAGCCGCUGUACAAUGCGAUCGUGUGGAAGGAUAUACGCACCAGCAGCACCGUGGAUCAGAUCGUGGCUAAGGUGCAGGACCCGAAUCAUUUCCGCAAUAUCACUGGCUUGCCGAUCUCCACGUACUUCUCGGCCCUGAAGAUCCGCUGGCUGAAGGACAACGUGCCCGAGGUGCGGCAGGCCAUCCGCGGAAAGCGCUGCAAGGCGGGCACCGUCGACAGUUGGAUUGUGUGGAAUCUGACGAACGGUGCCCUUCACAUCACGGACGUGACGAAUGCCUCGCGCACGCUGCUCAUGAACCUCGAAACCCAGAACUGGGACCCCGUGCUGCUGAAGACGUUCGCUAUCAAGGAGGAUAUGCUGCCCACCAUCCGCAGCUGCUCGGAGAUCUUUGGUAAGAUAACCUCGGAACGGAGUCCCCUGCGCGGCAUGACGCUCAGCGGGAUCAUGGGGAACCAGCAGGCCUCGCUGCUAGGCCAGAUGUGCGUCAAGCCGGGCCAGACCAAGAACACGUAUCGCUCUGGCUGCUUCUUGCUUUGCAACACGGGCGACAAGCCCGUCUUUUCGCGCCACGGACUGCUGACCACCGUAGCUUAUAAGCUGGGACCGCAGUCGCCCACGAUCUACGCCAUCGAAGGAGCCGUGUCCGUGGCCGGACAUGCCCUGUCCUGGUUGCAGAGUAAAGUGCGCAUUCUGCCCGACUCCCGGGACGCCGAGAAGUACGCCGAGAUGGUGCCCACGUCAGGGGAUGUCUACUUUGUGCCCGCCUUCACCGGGCUGUACGCUCCCUACUGGCGCCAGAAUGCGCGUGGCAUAAUCAUCGGUCUGACGCAGUUCACGCGAAAGAACCACAUUGUGAGAGCGGCACUUGAGAGCAUCUGCUUCCAGACACGCGACAUCCUCGAGUGCAUGCAUCAGGAGUGCGGCUACGAGAUCAACAAGCUGCAUGCCGAUGGCAAGCUCACGACGAACAACCUGCUGAUGCAGCUCCAGGCAGACACCAUCGGCAUGCCCGUGUUCCGCUCCCAGCUGAUGGACUCGACGGCCUUCGGGGCGGCCAUGUGCGCCGCCCAGGCGGAGGGCAUUGAUCUGUGCAAGUUUGAGCCGGAGAAGCGCUACUACGAGAACGUGCACUACGACACGUUCCUGGCCACCACCACGGAUGUGGAGCGAAAGGAGCGCUACGGCAAGUGGAAGCGGGCCGUCGAACGUAGUCUUGGGUGGGUCAUCAAGCAGAAGAAGACGCGCGAGCACACCGAGGAGAACUACCGCAUGCUGUCGUCGCUCCCAGCGAGUAUAUUCCUCAUCAGCAGUUUUGCGAUGCUGGUGCACUCAUUUGCAGCGACCUCCCAGUAGCACUGCCAAUCCUUUCGUUCCCACUCCAUGACAUUUCGAUCGGUUCUCGGUUGUGAUAAUAACUAUUCUUCCUUUUACACUGUAUGUUUGUACAUAGAUAGCUCUUCAGGAAAUCCCCUCUAAAGGGUCUAAAGAGAGAGAUGGUUGAACGUGCUUUAAACUAUGCAAAUAGUUACCAUAGCCUACGACCUCUAAUCUUAGGCAGAAAGUCAUUUGCUCUAACCUAUUUUAAGUAAACUGUAUCAUUUAGCCUGUGUUUAUUUUAUCGUCCCUCUUCCCAGGUGCGUGUCCUACACCCCCCCGCUUUAUCAACGAAAUUGUAUAUAGCCAAAGGGCACAACGACUCUUAAAAUAAGUAGGUAUCCCACCCCACCCCAGCCCAUAUUUGUACGAGUACGUUUAUAUGUAUAGUGAUUACGUCCCCUAACUAAUAAACAUUGCGAUUUACCAAGAA